CCAAAACGUGUAAUCGUGAUAUCUCGUAGAUAUGGAAGAGGAAUCUACACUCGUAGAACCAUCAUUGGAUAAACAAUUAAAGGGACAUAAAAAUGCUAUCACUUCCCUUUAUUACAACGUAAAUGAGCAUCAAAUAGCAACAGGAUCUUUAGACAACAGUAUUCUAUUAUGGCAGCUACAUGGCUGUAUGAAGAGUUACCGGUUCCAAGGGCACUCGGAAGCCGUGAUGGACGUGACGUUCUCACCUUCGGGCAAGCACAUGGCGUCGGCGUCUCGCGACAAGACCGUGCGGCUGUGGGUGCCAACUGUAACGGGCAGCACCGGCUUCUUCAAGGCGCAUUCGCAGACCGUGCGCUCAGUGCAGUUCACACCCGAUGAGUCUAAGAUCUUAACAGCAUCAGAUGACAAAAUAAUCAAGCUGUGGUCCAGUGAUAGAUACAAGUUCAUAUCAUCUUUUGUUGGUCACAAGAACUGGGUUCGUUGUGCCCGGAUUUCAAAUGAUGGCUGCAUUAUAGCCUCCUGUUCUGAUGACAAGACAUCAAUGCUCUGGGACCCAGAGUCUGGAAAAGAGAUUCACACUUACAAAGACCAGAAAGGUUUCGGAAUGUGCUUAGCAUGGCACCCAUCCGGUUGCUAUAUCGCUGUGGGAACAAGCCAGGGAAAUGUCAAACUGUAUGAUGUUAGAAGUCAUAAUCUUGUACAGUAUUACAGUAUACAUAGUGACGCAGUCACACAAUUAUCGUUUCAUCCUAGUGGCAGUUACAUUCUCACAGCUAGCAAAGAUGGAAAAAUGAAGAUUUUGGAUUUGCUGGAAGGUCAUCCUUUAUUUACCUUGACUGGGCACACUGGUUCAGUUAAUGCAGUUAAUUUCUCUCCCAGUGGAGACACAUUUGCAUCAGCUGGUGAAGACAAACAGGUUCUCCUAUGGAAUACCAAUUUUACAGAAGUUUCAAAUGAAAUGAAAGAAAAUAUGGGAUCACAGAGAUCUAAAUCAGCCACUUCAGUCAAAGGGAAAAAACAGGGGACCAAGAUUUGGUACCUAUGUUAUCAUAGCUGCAAGUAUCCCGAAACAUCUUUCGUCCACAUUGAUCCACCUGAAAGCACAGGUUGUGAGACAAAUGACUGUCAAAGACUAAACGUAGUACCACAGAGUACCCAUACUAGCCGGGAUCGCGCAGCUGGAUUGCUUACCAGAAACUCGAGUCCCUCAAGCAGUGCAAGAUCAGUUAUAUUUCGUGGACAACCUAGAGCAAACAGCACUAUAUUGGAAUCAGGCUUGGAUGCUGAAGUUUCCCAGAAUUCUAAUCACCUAAGGUCUGAGCAACAUACAACAUGCAAGUCGGACGAGUGUGAUAGUGUCGGCACGGUUGGCGACAUGAGUCAUAUACCCCGCGUGGCACCCUCUCGUACCACUUACACCGUGCCUUGCAUUGCGAGCAAUAACACUUUCUCAGUUCAUACUUCAGAGGAAGAUAUGUUUGGCAUGAUUAAGUUGAAAGAGAAUGAUGUCUGUUAUACAAGUGGAACUAUAGAAUGGGUCGGUAGAAAAAGGAGCUUCCCAAUCAACAGUGGAUUCAAACUUUUGAAUGAUACUUUCCGACAUGAACCUCUUGUAAAGAAAGUCAAGUCAGAUGUAACUUAUACCUGUAAUGGUAGUCACUUGAAGGACUGUGACUGUGCCGAUGUCCUGCCCACGAUGAAUGCGAUUGUGGAUCAUUUGAAUGCUCUUCAUGAGGCAGUGGACCUAGUAGACCUAAGAGUGAACACUCUUGAAAAUGCUUUAUAGCAGUAGUUUAUAGUAGUUAUCUUCAAGUUAUUA